AUGUCACUCAAGCAAUAUCUUGUCAUUGGUCGCCCAUACCCAACAAAGGAAAUUCCAAACCCACCAGCUGUCCGCGUUCAGGUAUUCGCUCCAGAUGAGGUCAUUGCCAAGUCCAAGUUCUGGACAGUUGCUCAGCGCAUUGCUCGUCUGAAGAAGGCUCACGGUGAAGUCCUUGCCGUCAAGCACGUUAUCGAACCAGAACCAACACGCGUAAAGAACUACGGCGUUUGGCUCUCCUACCGUUCAACACGCAACCAUCACAACGUUUACAAGGAGUACCGUGACACAACAACAGAGGGUGCUGCUACAAAGAUGCUCGCUGAGUUGGCCGGAACACACGAUGUUUCUGCCGAUAACAUCAGCAUCAUCAAGAUUGCCGAAGUCGCUGAUAAGGAUCUUGUUCACAAGAACAUUUCUCAGUUCACACACGAGAACAUCAAGUUCCCAAUGCUCAAGCAGUCCAUCCGCGCUCCAACAGCUUCCGCAAGAAAGGUCUUCGCAGCUACCCGCCCAACAGUCUGUGGCUUCUAA